AUGGCGCCUGUCGCAUCCUCCAGUUUUGUUUUGCGCUCCCUGCGGUCUCGCCUGACUCCUGUUUCCCACUCUUUUCGUGUGCCUCUCACGUCGGGCCUGCAUCGCCCAUCCACGCCGGCUACCCAGGUUCCUCUCUGCUCCCAUGUCUUUCCUGUCUCCUCUUCCUCCUCUGCUGCGUUUUUGAGAUCCUCUACGGUCCUCACAUCCUCUCGCUUUCUCCCCUUGUUCCCGGUCCUUUCUCGGCCUCCUGUCUCCUCUGGCUCUGAGUCUCCGGUCCUGCCUCGUUCCUUCGCUCGGUCCUUCGCGGUACGCCAGCGCCGCCACCUCGAAGAGAAGAAUUCUUCCGGGCCUCCGGCGAGGCGAGAUCCUUCUUCCCCAGCAGAACGCGGGUCGCAAGGCCCUCACAACCAGUCCUUUCCUUCGGGGACCGAAGGCCUCUCUCUCGGCUGGCAGUUGUUCAUCGCCUUCGCAUCGUCCAUCUUCUUCUACUUCGGCUUUGUCCUUGUCAUGAGGCUCUUCGGAGGCCAGAGAGUGGCAGCGAUCCACGUGGACCAAUACGGCAGGCCCGUUGACCCCAACACCGGCAGGCCGUACUGA